GUGAACAGAGAAGUAGAGGUUUAAAUUGCGACCCUGGUUUUUUUUUAACUGAUAAAACUACAGAAUGAGUGAUCUCAAGCCUAAUGAAACAUUUACAACAAGAGAUGAAGUAGCUGCAGAAAAGGACUGGGCAGUCGCUAAAGCUUUCUUUGACAACUUGAAAAGUAAAAAACCAAGACCCCCCAAGCCCACCAAUGCCGUUACAGUCGCAGUUUCUUCAAGAACUUUAUUUAACAUGGUUGAGGAGAGGAAGAUCUGGGAGGAAGAGGGGCUCGAGAAGUAUGUCGAAUACCAACAGGAACAUGAAAACGAGCCUCUAAAGCCAGGCGCAGCAUUUCCUUUUGUUAAGGCACUUAUGACCGUGAACACCCGUCUGAGAAAGCUGUAUCCAGACAGCGAAGAGCUGUUUGAUGUUGUACUCAUGACUAAUAACCACGCUCAGGUAGGAGUUCGGCUCAUCAACAGCAUCAAUCACUACGAUCUGAAUAUUGAAAGAUUCUGUAUGACUGGAGGUAAAAGCCCCAUUGGUUAUCUGAAGGCGUAUUUAACCAACCUGUACCUCUCCAAGGAUUCAGACAAAGUGCAGGAGGCCAUUGAAGCAGGCAUUGCUGCAGCAACCAUGUUUAAUCCAGACAUGGAGGUGGAGCUCAGUGAGACUCAGCUACGAGUGGCAUUUGAUGGUGAUGCUGUGCUCUUUUCUGAUGAGUCAGAGAUAAUUGUGAAGCAGCAUGGCCUGGAUACAUUCUUUGAUCAUGAGAAGCAAAAUGAGAACAAACCUCUCGCUCAGGGUCCUCUGAAGUGCUUUCUGGAAGCACUGGGAAAGCUCCAGAAGAAGUUUUAUACACAGAAUGAGCGUCUGAACUGCCCCAUUCGCACAUACUUGGUAACAGCACGCAGUGCAGCCAGCUCAGGAGCCCGUGUCCUUAAGACCUUGAGGAGCUGGGGCUUGGAGAUUGAUGAAGCAGUCUUCCUUGCUGGAGCACCAAAAGGGCCUCUACUGCAGAAGAUUCGCCCGCACAUCUUCUUUGACGAUCAGAUGUUCCACAUUGAGGGAGCCAAACAGCUGGGCACCAUCUCUGCCCAUGUACCUUAUGGGAUUGGACAGAAAGACCACAAAGGCAAGCUAAUUGAGCAACCAGCCAAGCACAGUUAAAAGACCUGGUGUAGGAGUUUCAUUAUCACCAGAACAUUAUCACAAAUGUUUUUUAGCAAAUAGUCUUAACACAGUCUGUUAGUAGCUUUUAAAGAAGCUAUUAGUGCAGCAUGGAAAAAAUAGUAUAUUGCAUAUAUUGUUACAUAUUGUGAUUACAAUAUAUUGUUCAAUAUAUCGAUUACACAAUGAUCCCUUGUAGUGAUAGGCUCAAUGAUCAAAGAUUGCCUGUAUUAUUUUUCCAAAACUUUAAGAUUGGAUCAUAUGCAUGCUAAGAUUCAUUAGAACACCCAAUACAAUGUCUGAGAAGCUUAGAACAUAUAAAUAUUGUGUAACUGUUAUAUUAAGUCUUUUUUGUGCAUUUCCAGUUCAGGGAGUAGAAUAUAUUCUUAGUGGUACCACAGCAAAGUUUAAACUUAGAAGUAUCACUUUAUUCAAGUUCUUCUUGUUUCACACAAAGAAGCACAGCAAUAUGGCAAUUGGUCCUGUCCCAUCCAUCUUUAGGAUAGGUCAAGGCUAAUCUUUUCUAAGUAGUUUUAUUUUAAUCAGCUGUUUGACAAAUGCAUUUUUUGUACGUUCUCUUUUUAUAAUCAUUUUAACUGCAGGAUACACAUAAAUGUUUUGGAUAUAUAUUUUAUAAUGGUAACCUUUUAUGUGAAUAACUACAUUUAACAAUAUUUAUAUGUAAAAUGAUACCUUAUUUUACCCCAAAAUGCCUUCCAACAGAUAUAUUCUACCAUUUACUACAGAUUUUUAUUUUUAUUUUUUUUUAUUUUUUGUCCCCAUUAAGCAUAUUUUAGAAGGCAAGAAAAUAAUGUCUUUAAAAUGUGUAAUCUUUUGGAUAUUAGUACCUUCUUCCCAUGCUAUUUAGUUUGAUUGCUCUUGGGAGAUUUAGAAUUGUGACUUGGUGCCAAAGAAACAAAAGAAAAGUUUCCAGAAGCAGCAAUGACACUGUGUUGUUAGCCAAUACACUGAGGGCUUGUGCUACUGUUUUUUUGUUUGUUUGUUUUGUUUUUUUUUCCCCCCCACAUCCUCUGUGGUUAUAAACAUGUAGUUAAUUGUUGCAAUUUUCCUAGCUUGGUCUCUAGAGUCACUACAUAAUGAUUCGGGCCUUAUUAUAAAUUGUUACUUCUGUAUACAUUUUACAAGAGCUUAACUGGAAUAUUUUGUUUGUAAUGCUUCAUCUGAUAAAUACUGUUCGCUGCAUAUUUCAUGUCCCAUCAGUCAGAUUUUUUUUUCCUCUGCUGAGUUUUCUAGUUGUCUUUGUACUGACACUGAAUUGUUAGUUAAUUAUGUAAUUUCCUUCUGUGCAAUAGUGUAAGCCAGUAAUGAGGUAUUUUCCUGCCAACCACAUCCUGGUACACUGGACCACAUUCAACCACUACAGUGUGUAGAAAAAAAAAAUAUAUAGUUUAUAGUCUCUGACUAUACUGCACAGGCACUUUUUAACAUGUUUGUAAAUCUUUUUAGGAGUGCUGGAGUUUGACCAAUACAGGAUUUUUAAAUAAAGUAGAUUACUGCCAGACUGCAAUA